CUCCGCUGUCCAAAGACACCCUGGAAUUCUGACUUUUUCGCGGAGAUCGGACCGAAUGAAUAAGACGCUCUUUCGCUCAGUCACUCGGAGCGUCUCUCCAACUUGCGGGACACAUCACAGCCUGACGCCCCAAAUCACUUUGUUUUUGGCAAAUGUGGAUGUUUUCCUACUCCACAGAAACACAUUUCUGCAGUGAUUCUGGUUUUCGUUUUAGAAUCGACAGUUUAGCUCAGCGCACAGGAAAGACAAAUUCCACUCUAGCUGUUUUUCAGAAUUAUAUAAAAAAUUCGGCACCGUCAGGAUCCCAAUAACAGAGCUCAGUGGAAGGACAGCAAAUGCAAGGAUGGUGAGAUCCGUGAAGAGUUGCUGCACCCUCCUCUUCCUCUGCUUCUUCCUCGAUCUCGCGUGGCUCUUGAACCCUAGGGACCCCAAUGUGUGCAGCCUGUGGGAGAGCUACACCACAUCGGUGAAGGAGUCCUACAGCCGUCCCUUUGCCCAGAUGUCCACGCAGCCCUGCGCAAACGCCUGGGACUUCUACGGGUGCAACCAGCAGAAGAUCACAUACAAGACCGCUUAUCGGCAGGCCGUGAAGAUGGACUACCGCAGGAGGUACCAGUGCUGCCCUGGAUAUUACGAGAGCGGGGAAAAAUGUGUCCCUCAUUGCACCAAGGAGUGUGUGCACGGGCGCUGCCUGGCACCAGACCGCUGUCAGUGUGAGACCGGCUGGCGUGGGGAAGACUGCUCGAGCGACUGUGAUGAGAAACACUGGGGUGAUGACUGCAGCCAUUUCUGCGCGUGUGAGAAUGGGGGACAGUGUGAUCCCCUCUCCGGCUCCUGCCAGUGUCGCCACGGAUACACUGGCCGACUCUGUGAGGACCCCUGUCCUCCGGGGAAAUUUGGAAAAGACUGUCUGCAGAAGUGCCUGUGCGGAAUUGGAGGGUCAUGUGACAAAGAGACGGGGGGGUGCAAUUGCAAGGAGGGUUUCACUGGGACCCUGUGUGAGAAGUCCUGUGAGAAUUGCCAUCAACGAUGCCCCUGCCAGAAUGGGGGCUAUUGCCAGGGGGCAGGGAUCUGUGCCUGCCUGCCAGGCUGGACGGGGCCCAUGUGCACCGAGCGCUGUCCCCAGGGCAGAUUUGGGGUCAACUGCAUCCAUGAGUGUGUGUGUCACAACACAGGGCAUUGUGACCCCGAGAGCGGACACUGUCAAUGCACCCCCGGCUUCACUGGAGACAGAUGCCACGAGGAAUGCCCGGUGGGCACGUACGGCCCAGGCUGCCAGGGCACCUGCGACUGUGCCAACGGGGCACGCUGCUACCACGUGGACGGGGGCUGCCUGUGCGAGCCGGGCUUCCGGGGUCCGCAGUGCCAGGACAGGAUGUGUGCGGAGGGGAUGUACGGCCUGCACUGCGAGCACCGCUGCCAGUGUCACCACGGAAACACGCUCAGCUGUCACCCCAUGAAGGGCGAGUGCACAUGCUACCCCGGCUGGGCCGGGCUCUUCUGCAACGAGACGUGCCCGCACGGUUACUACGGCCACGGUUGCCAGGAAACCUGCCUGUGCCUGAACGGGGGUACCUGUGACAGCGUCAGCGGGCGCUGCUGGUGUGCGCCAGGCUACACUGGGGACCACUGCGAGAGUCUGUGUGCUUCGGGCGCCUACGGGACGAACUGUUCCCUCAGCUGUGCCUGUGCAAACGCCCUGGCCUGCUCCCCCAUCGACGGCACUUGCCUCUGCAGAGAGGGAUGGAAAGGCUUGGACUGUACCAUCCCGUGCUCGGGCGGGACUUGGGGUCCAAACUGCAAUGGAACAUGCCAGUGUGCAAAUGGGGCAUCAUGCAAUCCCAUAAAUGGCACUUGCACAUGCACUGCUGGGUGGCAGGGGGCGCUGUGUGACCAACCAUGUCCGAGAGGCGCCUACGGUCCCGGGUGUUUGCUGCAGUGUGAUUGCCUGCAUGCCGACGGCUGCCACCAGUCCACCGGCCAGUGCCAGUGUCUCCCCGGCUGGGCAGGAAAACACUGCGCCCAGCCCUGCCCAGCGGGAUCCUGGGGGCGCCACUGCAACCAGAGCUGCUCCUGCCAAAACAGCGCCACCUGUCUGCCACACAGUGGGAGCUGCAUGUGUAAUCCCGGGUACCAGGGACCACACUGUAGUCAAACUUGCAGCCCAGGUCUAUACGGCUCACGGUGCAGUGCAGCGUGUCCCCUGUGUGUCCACUCCUCCACCCCGUGCCACCACGUCACCGGGCGGUGCCAGUGCGACCCGGGCUACACCGGGCCCCUGUGUAACCAAGGCUGCAUCCAGGGGACUUACGGCUCGGGCUGUAGCCUGCGCUGCCUAUGUGAAGGGUCCUGCAGUCAUGUGACUGGCGCAUGCCUGUGCCCAGUAGGUUACACGGGUCCAUACUGCCAGUCCAAGUGCGCCCCAGGAACGUUUGGUCCAAACUGUGCCCACACCUGUUCAUGUCCGCCCAACGCGAGCUGCGAUCACCGCACCGGGAUGUGUGUGUGUGACUCAGGGCUGGAAGCCAACUGCAAAGAGGUCCCAAACAGCAAGCCCCCCCCGGCAGGGCAGGUAGUGAGCGUGAUGUCUCCGGUGGAGCGGGACUCGUGGGGUGCCGUGGCCGGAAUCGCCACGCUGGUGGUCUUCGCCGCCUUGCUGCUCGCCCUUCUCCUGCUCUACCGGCGCCGCCGCAAGGACAAGCAGAGCACCGUGCCCGCCGUGGUCUUCUCCUCCAGCCAUGCAGCCAGCCUGGAGUGCACCAUGCCAGACGUCCCACAUGGCUACCAUCACUUCUACUCCAACCCCAGUUACCAUACACUGUCCCAGAACAGGCCACCCCUGCCCCAGGUCCCCAACAACCAGGACCGCUCCCUCAUGUCCAUCAAGCAGAACACCAAUAAUCGAGUGUUCUGCAAUGUGAAGAACAUGGAGAGGGAACGGCUGGGGCUGUUUGGGGUGGAAUGCAACUCCACACUGCCUGCCGACUGGAAACACCCCCAGGACCCUGUCCACAGUGAAAAGGAGUUGUCGAAAAACUCAUCUGUGGCUGUGAGCAGCACGUCUCUGAACAGCGAGAACCCAUAUGCCACCAUCAAGGACCUGUCCGCGUCCCCGUUCCGCCCGGUGGAGAGCAGCUACGUGGAGAUGAAGUCGCCCAUCUGCAGUGAGAAGCCCUGCACAGUGACUCAGGAACUGCACAGAGACCAGUGCUCCCCCUACAGUGUCCCAGAGUCCCAGCAUCACUAUGACCUCCCAGUCAACAGCCACAUCCCAGGGCACUAUGAUCUCCCCCCAGUUCGCCGACCGCCCUCCCCCACACUACGGAAACUACCCCACUGACCACCUGUUUUUUUUCUUUAGAAGCCUUAAACUUGGAAAUGCUGCCACAUGCUGGAUUGACUUGGCAUUGCAUGCUGACAGGGGUUCCCGGGAGUGUUUGCGGUAUAUUUCAGCUCUUUUGCACAACACUGUGGAAUGCAAAACUGCAAGAUUUUAUUCUUGGGAUUGGAUAGCAAAUUUGCAAAUGCAUAUUUUCAUGAUGCCAAAAAUAUGAUUUUCAGGUCAGAAUUAAAAUGUCCAAGCAGAAAUUAUACUUAUGUUACAUUAAUAAUGUUCAGCGACCUCUUGCUUUUGGUGGACUCUUCAGAGGUACUGUACUAUGCUAUAGCUAUGAUUUUGUAUAACUGGGUAUCUAUGGUUCUUGGAAAAUACAACAUUUUUUCAGUAAAACCUGGCAAAUUUUCUUUAUAGACAGUCUGUAGUAUUCCCAGAGGCAGCUGUGCUAUAUUUCUAAUGGGUUCAUUGUUUUAGUUUUGGGAAAGAGAAAAUUUGAUUGUACCAGUGUUACUUAUUUUGAAUGUAACUAGCCUUCUAUGUAAUGUACAGUGGAUUUAUUCAUAGACUCAAAAAAAUUAACCAGCUUUAUAAUAACUUGAUUUAUUUGGAAUGAAAUGAACAUUAUAAAUGAUGAGGAAAAUAUGUAUGAAAGGGAAAGACCUUUGUAGUUACAUAAAGUUUAUAAGGAAAAAGCACAGUUUUCCAUUUUGGGGGCGACCUUUAUUCUGAGCAUUGUGUCCUAUAGUAGAAAAGACAUAGUGUUUACCUUUAAAUAGAAAAAAUAUCAGUCUUUUUUUGGUUAUACAUUUCUUUGGUUUUAAUGAUUGGUAGUGUUUCAUAUCACCAUGCAAACCUGCAAAGCAGAUGAAACUUGAAAAUAGAAGUACAAUGAUUUUCAGCCAUAAAUAUCACUACAGCUUUAAAAAUGCAUAUACAGUUGUUCUUUUUUAAAUACUGUAGAAAAUAUGGGGGUAUUUUCCUUCUAGUUACUAUUGUAACGAACAACAAAACAGAUUCCACAGACAAUGGCUGACAUUGGGUUUGUCUGAAAUUGCAUACUUAUUUACGAUGUAGUAGGCAAAAUGCAGUAUGCGAAGUGAGCAGUAUGUCUGACAAUGACAAUGGAUUUUCAGAAGAGGCGGGCGUUUUUGAUAAAUAACAAUAAAAAAGUAAGGCAUGGA